AUGGUGGCCCCGAAUAUAAAUGCAAAAAGUAUUCCCGAUGUCUGGGAUGGAUAUUACAGGAUUACAUUGGUUCAAUUCGUUACUAUGUCUAGUCCAGAACAACUAAGAAAACAGUUCGAAUCGUUUCGUCCUACAAUUAGUGAUGUUCAAAUGCAAGAACUGGUGUUUCAGACUCGGAAAAUAGAUAUUGCUACUCGACAUUUUCAAUUAGGAAAUGACUUUACAAAUGAACCCAUCGCUUUAUACGUUUCUCAUCCAUCCGAGUUUGAAUUCGAGUCUGAUCUUCGAAGGAUUCGGGACCAAGUCAAUCCUAGUCAAUGGACCCAGAUACACAAACGCUUUCUACAUAUGAAUAUUCCAUUGUACUCAAAUACCACCGAAAGAAACUGGACAUGGAAGGAAAUUAAGCAACACGAUAUUCCUGCAAAAGUAGGCAAACACCCCAUCGAGUUCCAUCGUACACUGUUGCAAAUUAUUCCAAGUCGGGAAACAUGUAAGAGAGUAUAUGGUAAAACGUUAGGGAAUCCAUGGUGGAUGGGUGUCACUGAACUGGAGGGAAAAUGUUCGGGUUGUCAAUAUCCUGUACAAAAUCAAUGGAAAGGAGUAUGUUCAUCAUGCCAUCAAUACGAACGUAUCAAACCAAUUUGGUCUAGUUCAUGUGGUCAAGACACAGCGAACGUUUCAAAUGACCUCGACAGUCUAUGUUCGAACUAUGAAAGUAAACUUCAAUUGUCAUAA